AUGGCAGAAGAUAUCCGGUUCGAGAUGAUCGACGUCGACCUCGACGUGCAAGAACUCCUUCUCACCGCGUCUCAACACGACCUUGCCAAAUUGCGACAGCUUACCAGGUCCAACAACGUCGGAGCAGAAAACCCAGUCAAUAUCAAAGACCCAGAAACGGGCUAUACACCAUUGCACGCCGCAAUCGCAGCGUGUGAACGAGACAACGACGACGAAGAUGGAUCCGCGACGAAUGGAGUAAAGUCAAACGAGGGUACCGAGCAAGAAGAAGAAAAUACGUUGGCAGCGGCGCGAGAUACAGUCAAAUUUCUCCUGCAGGAGGGAGCUAUAUGGAAUGAUCUGGACAAUAAAAAUGAGACACCGGGCUGCUUAGCAAGGAGGUUGGGGUUGACGGAACUAUAUGAACUCAUGGUCGAUGCUGGGGUGCGCGCAGAGAUGCUUUUGAAUUACAUGGAGGGCUAUGAAGAGCUUGAGGAUGAUGAUGAGGAUGAUGAUGAGGAUGAGGAUGAGAAGGAGGAGGGAGAGGAAGAGACCAAAGAAACAUCCGAUGAGCCUUCUACGCAAGAACCCCCAACUACAGAAGAAGAUACUACUACUGCCGCCGCCGCCGCCGAGCCCGAUGUCUCAAACAGCAGAUAUCUCCAGUCAAACCUAACCUUCCAAAACGACCGCCUGCUUGACGACGACCAAAACGGCGUUAUGAUGGCAUGGGAAACCGAUAUCAUGGCCAAAACCGCCCGCAAACUUCUUCCUCAGGAAGGUCUACGCGUCCUCAACAUCGGACACGGAAUGGGCAUUAUUGACGGAUUCUUCCAAGGCCAAAAACCUGUAGCGCAUCACAUCGUCGAAGCACAUGCCGAAGUCGUUGCCGAAAUGAAGAGCAAAGGGUGGCACGAGAAGCCCGGCGUGGUUAUCCACGAAGGCCGAUGGCAAGAUAUUCUUCCGACGCUGGUUGGAGAAGGAGUCAUGUUUGAGGCAAUCUACUACGAUACCUUUGCCGAAUCGUAUGCCGCCUUUCGCGAAUUCUUGUCUGAGCAGGUCAUCGGUCUGUUGGAGCCGAGUGGGUUGUGGGGGUUCUUUAAUGGAAUGGGUGCGGACCGCCAGAUCAGUUACGAUGUGUAUCAGAAAGUUGUGGAAAUGGAUGUUUUUGAGGCUGGGUUUGAUAUUGAGUGGGAAGAUAUUGCGGUGCCGAAGCUCGAUGGUGAAUGGUCAGGAGUACGACGUCCAUAUUGGGUUGUGGAUAACUAUCGACUGCCUGUUUGCAAGUACAUGGACUAG